GUUCAUUAUGUCUCCAAAAAGUGUUGUCAUUACUGGAGCAAAUCGUGGAAUCGGACUUGGACUUGUUCAAGAAUUCGUGAAAGAUAAGAAUAUUCUUCAUAUUAUUGCAACUGUUAGAGAUGUUGAAAAGGCUACUGAUUUAAAAGCUAUCAAUGAUCCACAUGUUCAUGUUCUUCCAUUGAUAGUAACUUGUGAUAAAUCAAUUGAUUCUUUUGUGACAAAAGUUGAAGAAAUAGUUGGAUCUGAUGGACUCAAUUUACUUGUCAACAACGCGGGAAUUGCUGUCAAAUAUCUCACAAAAACUAAACCAAACCGUUCAAUGAUUGCUGAGCAACUAGAUGUCAACACAACAAGUGUUGUGAUACUAACUCAAAAACUAUUACCACUUUUAACAAGAGCUGCAUCCAAAGUUUCUGGAGAUCAACUUUCCGUUUCACGUGCUGCUGUAAUCACUAUCUCAUCUGGACUCGGAUCAAUUACUGAAAACACUACAGGAUCAGCAGUAUUCGAUAGUUUGGCAUACAGAAUGAGUAAGGCUGCAGUUAAUAUGUUUGGUAGGACUUUGGCAAUUGAUCUGCAAGAUGAUCACAUUUUGGUGGUUAACUUUUGUCCAGGAUGGGUUCAAACUGAUAUGGGAGGGCAAGAAGCGAUGCUCACUGUAGAGCAGUCCACUUCUGAACUAGUUUCCAGUUUCAAUAAGCUGGACAACUCUCACAAUGGACGAUAUUUCCAGAGAAAUCUAACACCAUUCCAAUUUUGAAUCAAAAGUUCAAAACUGAGAAAAUUAAUUUCUACCGAAUGUUUCCAAUUAAUAUUGCUCCUUCUCCCCAUCAUUUUCGGUAUUUUGAUUUAACUGUAAUUGAUUUCAGAAUAAAAUGUAUC